AUGCACAAAAACCCGACUCGCGACCCUCUCCCACAAACCCCCCUAGGCACGCGACUAGAUGUGCCCUCAUCGACCUCAACCUCCACGUACUCAUGGCUCGAACCGUACGAAACUGCGGAGCGCUUACAAACCUCUCUUAGCCAUGGACUGACUCCUGCAGAGGCUGAGAUAAGGCUUGCUCGUGACGGACCGAACGAACUACCGCAUGAGGACCCCGAGCCCCUAUGGCUCCGAUUCCUGAAGCAAUUUCAGGAGUCGCUCAUCCUCCUUUUAUUAGCGUCCGCUGGCAUAUCAUUUAUCAUGGGCAAUUAUGACGAUGCUAUCAGUAUUACUUUAGCCGUCACAAUUGUCGUCACUGUUGGUUUUGUACAGGAGUACCGCUCGGAAAAAUCUCUGGAGGCCUUGAGUCGCCUCGUACCGCAUUACGCCCACCUAAUCCGCGAUCUGCCAUCCGCCUACGGAAACAACGAAAAUGCCUCGCCAGGGACUGCUAGGUCGGGCAUUGAGCUGGGAGAGCUUCGGAGCAAAAGCCCGGGUACCGCGUCAGCUGCCCUGAAGGCUUCCACGACGGUUCCGGCAAAUGAAUUGGUGCCCGGAGAUUUAGUUUUGUUCUCCACUGGUGAUCGAAUUCCCGCGGAUAUUCGAAUCACUGCAGCGACCGACCUCUCAAUUGACGAGUCUAACCUGACCGGCGAGAACGAGCCGGUCGUGAAAUUCUCAGCGGCACUUCGCAGUACUCUCGGAGCACCGGCUCAGGCUCCUCAAGGCACCACGCCCCCUCGAUCCCCAUUUUACGAUGCCCCGGCCUCCGGUGCUGUUGGAGCCGACAUCCGUCUGAACGAACAGCAUAACAUCGCGUUUAUGGGUACACUGGUCCGCUCGGGGUAUGGGCAGGGAAUCGUCAUCUCCACAGGAGCGAAGACAGAGUUUGGAAGCAUUUCAGCGUCUUUGCAAGAGAUCGAGAGCCCCCGUACACCCUUGCAACUCUCUAUGGAUCGCCUGGGUCAAGAGCUCAGUUAUAUAUCAUUCGGUGUUAUUGCAUUGAUCGUAGUCAUUGGUCUUUUGCAGGGAAGGAAGCUCCUCGAGAUGUUCACUAUUGGUGUCUCACUUGCCGUGGCUGCUAUCCCUGAGGGUCUCCCAAUCAUUGUCACCGUCACAUUGGCUCUUGGGGUUCUUCGCAUGGCUAAGAGAGGCGCUAUCAUGCGUCGACUCCCCAGCGUUGAAACCUUGGGCUCGGUCAAUGUCGUUUGUAGUGACAAGACGGGAACGCUCACCCUGAACCAUAUGACCGUGACCAAGUUGUGGCAUUUCGAUUCGGCUGGACCUUUUGAUGUUCAGCGGGACAUGGCUUCGGUCCUAUCGCCUGGGCCAGCAGCUCGCACUAUUCUUCGAGUGGGUAAUAUCGCAAAUAACGCCCGUCUCUCUCGCAUGCACGCAAACUCCCCGGCAAGCGCAUCCUCUGCGGCAAUUCUAUCCUCAACUGUUGACCAAGACUCGACAGCAGUGAAAAGUCGCUGGGUCGGUCAGCCUACGGAUGUGGCUAUUUUGGAUCUUCUAGAUACUCUAGGAGAAGACGAUGUUCGUGACAGAAUCAGCGCUCGUGUUUCGGAAACUCCAUUUAGCUCCGAGCGAAAGUGGAUGGGUGUCAUCAUUGGAAGCAGCUCUGGUGACUCUAGUGUGGCAUAUAUCAAAGGUGCUCUGGAGCAAGUUUUGGCCCGUUCAGAUACGUAUCUAACCAAGGAUGGCCGGGAGGUUAUACUGGACGAGCCUCGGCGCAAGAUAAUUCGAGAAGCAGCUGAGAACAUGGCAGCUGAGGGUCUUCGCGUCCUUGCGUUUGCCAGCGGUGCUGUGCGAGACAAGUCAAGAGGCGUGCGUGGCUUUGGCAGCCGAUCUCCAACCCCGAACUCCAAGGGCAGCCCUGCCGAUGACGACGACCGGUAUAACGGACUGGUGUUUGCGGGACUUGUCGGCAUGACUGACCCGCCUCGCAAGGACGUGCACAGGUCUAUCCGACGACUGAUGUCUGGUGGUGUUCGGGUCAUCAUGAUUACAGGCGACGCUGAGACGACCGCCGUGGCCAUUGCAAAGAAGCUUGGCAUACCGGUCACCGAGUCCGCUGGAGCCCGCUCGGUUCUAAGUGGUCAUGAUCUCGAUCGUAUGAGCACCACUGAACUUGCCCAAGCAAUCGCAACCACUUCCGUCUUCGCCCGUACCAGCCCAGAUCACAAGAUGAAGAUCGUGCGUGCUCUGCAGUCUCGCGGGGAUGUGGUUGCCAUGACUGGCGAUGGUGUCAACGAUGCGCCAGCUCUUAAGAAGGCCGACAUUGGCAUUUCCAUGGGCAAGCUGGGAACUGAUGUUGCCAAGGAGGCAGCCGACAUGAUUCUAACAGAUGAUGACUUUUCGACUAUCCUGCGAGCCAUUGAGCAGGGCAAGGGGAUUUUCUACAAUAUUCAGAACUUCAUCACGUUCCAGCUCAGUACCAGUGUGGCUGCUCUUAGUCUUGUGCUUCUCAGCACGACUCUCGGCUUCAAGAACCCGCUGAAUGCUAUGCAGAUUCUGUGGAUAAACAUACUCAUGGAUGGCCCACCGGCUCAGUCCCUUGGCGUCGAACCUGUCGACCCGAUGGUCAUGACCCGGCCGCCACGGCCCAAGCACGCACGAGUGUUGACCAGGCCUCUCAUCCAACGCGUUCUCACUUCCGCCAUGGUCGUCAUGCUUGGCACACUUGCCAUUUACAUCCAUGAGAUGGGCGACGCAACCGAUGGCCAGCCGCUGGGCAAACGAUCCGGCGUAGUCACCGCUCACGAUACCACGAUGACCUUCACAUGCUUUGUCCUUUUCGACAUGUUCAACGCAUUGACCUGCCGCAGCGAGGGCAAGUCAGUCCUGCGCGGCGAAAUCUCACUUUUCGGAAACAAGAUGUUCAACUACGCUGUCUUGGGGUCAUUAGCUGGCCAGGCCUGUGUCAUCUACCUUCCGCUCUUCCAGCGCAUCUUCCAGACCGAGCCUCUCAGCUUUGGCUCCCUGUUUAAGCUUGUCUGCCUUGCCAGCACCGUCUUCUGGGUUGAUGAAGGCCGCAAAUACUAUCAUGCACUUCAGCGCCGGCGUGGCCUCGGCUCCGGGUAUAGUGCCAAUGUCUAA